AUGCCAAAGACCGAAAGAGUCUCGUCGGUUAACCGCAUUUCCGUCUCCACUGCAUCUGCUGCGGGAGGCGGAGUGCGGAGUUCCUCGUGGUCUCAGUCCGAUGAUGAGACCUUGAUCAAGGCACGCGCUCAAGGAUUGAAUUGGAACCAAAUCUCUCCCAAACAUUUCCCUUCAAAGUCUGCGAAUGCUUGCCGCAAGAGGCACGAGCGCUUGAUGGAGAAACAGAAUGCUGAGCAGUGGGAUGGAGUCAGACUUGAUGUCCUGGCCGAGGCAUACAUGGAGGUUCGAAGCGAAAUGUGGCGUAUUCUGGGUGCCAAAGUAAACGAAAAAUGGCAGCUUGUCGAACAAAAGUGCAUGGAGAAAGGAUUGAAGAACCUCACGCAAGCGUACCGCCAGGCGCAGAGGAAGCAGGGUACAUUCGACAUCAACGAAGACAGUGGAGUUGGCAUUUCUGACCUGGACGAAGACGCUCACGAGAACCCUUCGCCAGUACUAACAGACACUUCCAACCAAUUGCCUCUGGCGUACCAGCAGCCCACAAGCUUCCACCACCAGCAAACGCGUGUGCCUUCCAUCCACUCGAUUUUGCAGCACCCCCAGCUCCCGCAGUCCAUGUUGCAGCAGCAGACCAUCGGUCAGCAUUCAAUGGGUUACCCCACCUCGUACCCACCGCAGCAUUAA